UUCUUACAAAAAAAAACUCAAAAAUAGUGCGACAAAUACAUAACAGCUUGGAAUUAGCUCACCUCUUUAAAGUGCACACUCCACACGUGUGUGAAUGACGACACUUAAUAGGACCCAUUACAUGUAAUUACCUGAACAAAGUAGUGCGACUUUAGUUAACCAAAACUGCUUAGACCAAUUAAGUUGUGAUUCGAACGAGCAACAGAGCAUAUCACACUUAUGUUGAAAUGCAAAGCAUUUCCUUUCCACUGCGCCAUAUAAAGCCGAAUUAUACACGAAAUUUCUUUGUAGAAGCGCUUAGGCCAACAUCCAAGGCAGUCAAGGAAAAACUCCAAACAGUUCGGUCUAAAAGUUUUCUCAUAUACCUGUUCAAUAUGCUACUGAGAGCUUUAAUAGUGACACUUUUACCGUUAAGCGCUUACGCAAUGGACUCCGACAAUAUUUUUUCGCCAUCCGAACGCAGUGGACGCGAUAGCUUCUUCUCAUUUCGUCCGCUCGGUAAGGAUGUUGCGAUGGGAUUGGAUUUUGAGCUGCCCUUUAUCAAAGUGCCAGUAAAACGUUAUAAGGACAAAUUUGGCAACACGCCGGCCAUGGUCAACAUCAACACAGCAUCGUUGAUAACCAGCGGUCUACUGGCCGGUGGCAGCAUGAUUGUAGCGCAUCUUCUACGCUCACUCAGUUUUUUCAAAGGACGUGCGAUUGAGGAUGAAGAGACGGCGCAUGCAGAAGAUAGCAGCGAAGAAGCAGAGAAGAAAAUAUUUAAUGAGCGUGAUACAGAAAGCAGAAAGAAACGCUACACCGAUUCCGAAAACUAUUUAUACGAAGCCAAAAACCUUUUCGAUCAUUUUCGUUUAGUCUACAAAAAUGACACUGGCGAGAGAAUUGAGACGACACUACCAAGCCUCUUUGCACGCAUCGAAGAGACAUUUUUGGAUAAUAAAAUCGACAUCGGUGCUUGCGUGCAAAAAACCAUUUGCCUCAUGCUGCAGGAAUCCCGACAGAAAGUGCGUCAUGGCCAAGCGAGCAGUGUGCAAAAAAUCAUCGAUGGUUUGACGAGCUUUACGUGGCUUCUCGACAUGUUCGCGCCGUACGGCGACUUGAGACGUGCGAUAAAGGCUGGCAAAACUAAUGCAGAUACAAGCUGUGUGAACGCCUAUCCCACAUGUUACUGGGCCAAUCCAGCAAGUGAACUAACGGAGCUGCUGAGCAAUCAUGUGAAGUUUGCUUAG